GAAAAGAAUUGUGGGCGGGACUUGUGUUUUCCCUGUUGGAAUGGAGGAGAAAGCGAGCGAACGCUUAUCAGAUAUUUGAAGGGAAUCUGGAAUUAGAGCUAUGACUUAUUAUAUGUCUCACCUGCUCCUGAUGGUGACACGUGCUGCCCUGCGGGUAUCUGGGAUCUUUUUCUGGAUAUUGGUAUAUUUGGCAGCUCUGUUGUCUGCUGUUUCUUAUCUGCCAGACUUGCUGCGGCUGGUGAUUAGGAAACCAUUAGAACAUUUGUUGGGACCUCGUAAAACUGCUCCUCCUUGUCUGAUGAGCAGCACUCACGGGCAACAUGGAUACAUAAGAAUCAAGAGAUCUGGGAUUCGAUUCCAUUACGUGGCUUCAGGAAAUAAGGAAAACCCUUUAAUGCUUCUUCUGCAUGGCUUCCCUGAGAACUGGUACUCUUGGAGAUACCAACUGGAUGAGUUCUCUUUGGGGUUCCGCACAGUUGCAGUUGAUUUAAGAGGAUUUGGAAGUUCUGAUGCACCAUCUAAACUUAGUGAUUAUAAAAUGGAGACCUUGUUGCAAGACAUAGAAGAUCUGAUCUUAGAAAUGGGUUAUUCUCAGUGUGUGCUGGUUGGUCAUGAUUGGGGUGGAACCCUGGCCUGGACGUUUGCCGUCCGUCAUUCCAACAUGGUUACUCGACUCAUCGCCUUGAGUGCACCUCACCCUUCAGCUUUUUCAGAUUACGUGUUGUCUCACCCUUCUCAGCUCUUCUCUUCCCGCUACGUGUUCCUCUUCCAGCUACCCAUUCUCCCUGAGAUCCUGCUAUCUAUGGGAGAUUAUGAGUACAUAAGGAAGCCACUUACUGAUGGAAUUAUGGGUAUACAGAAUGAGGAACGGAGACUUAGUCAGGAAGAGACAGAGGCCUUUAUAUACUACCCUUCCCAGAAGGGAGCUUUGACACCACCACUUAACUACUACAGGAAUCUUUUUGGAUUUUUCCCAUUGAAAGCUCGGGACGUACUUGUCCCCACACUGCUCCUUUGGGGAGAGCGUGAUGCCUUCCUUGAAGUUGGUAUGGUGGACACAAUGCAGCAGUAUGUCUAUGCGCCCUUCCAAGCAGAGGUCAUCCCGAAUGCCAGCCACUGGCUGCAACAGGACCAGCCACAGGAAGUCAACAGAAUAAUCAGAAAGUUCUUGACAGAGGAAAGACAUGGAUCCAGAAGCUAACUCUCCAGUGUACUUAAAAUAGUAGAAGAAAAUUGUUGCAGGGAAAUCAGUCUCCAGAGUGUAUAUACAGAAACUAUAUGGAAUUAUGAGUGUAUAUUUUUAUAUUUUGCUCAUUAUUUAAUAAUAUAUAAAUCAGUGUAUGUAUACAUAUUUAUUGAGUAAUGGGUGUUCUUGUGUUAAAAUUUAAAUGUGACUGCUCAAAUGGCACCGUGAAAAACCUCUAUAUGAAAUUUUAAGUAAAGUUUUAAAUUUUAUACAA